GAAAAGCGUUUUAAAAUAAGUAUUCUAUAAGAUGCACAAGACAUGGUCCCGUGCUGAGCAGUUUCGCUCUUGUAAGGAGAGUCACCAAAUAUUCCCAACAGAUGGACCUGCUCCUAGGCGCUUGCAGUUCUCCACUUCAUUUGAAAAAGAACAACCGGCAAUGGGUUUGCUAUUGGGCUGGGAGUACGGUCGCCUUUGGCUGAAGGAACAUAAGGAAUUUGUUACUAGGGAAUUGACUAAUGCUAAGCCGGUCUUUAUAGAUCCAGAUUUCAGCUGGUGGGUAAAUAAGCGUACUGCCGUUUUGGAUCGUCGUCAGUUCUAUUUGAAGAAUAAACAGAACCCGCAUGUAAAGAAUUGUAACUUAAGCGCUUUUACUAUGGCAAAACAUCAGCGCCAGAAAAAAGGUGGCAAUACUGAAAUCUCUGGAAGUGAAUACGAAUCGCAGAAGGAGGGAAAGACUGGUAGCGAAAAUUCGAGCUCGAAUGUUACUUCGAAAGCCGUUUCACACGCAACAACAAACACUGAAUCGAAGGCAGUUUCAAAUGUAGCCUCGAAGGCUUUAUCAAACGGAACAAUGGUUUCAAAUGCAAAGGAAAGCUCAACGCCGAAUCCAACUCCGUUAACGAAUUCAAAUUCAAACUCCGAAUCGAAAGUCAAGGCGAAGAAAUGCAACUGUAAGGACUGCAUGCAACGACGCUGUGGAGGUCAGGAGAUAAAAUCGGGCUCAUAUGGGCCAGAUAAUAGGAAACUAUUUUAUGUGACAAGAAAGGUCUUAUCAAUGCCUUGGUAUUGACCACAUAUUUGUUUGUUUUUAAAGUCAGAAACUCAAUUUAAUGAAAAUUAAAUCCAAAAAAAUCCAUGUAUCAUUGCCUUUUUGCAUAUACAUGUAUCGCUGUAAGGUCAGAAACCCAAUAAAAAAAGUACGCUUCUCAAUUUCA